GUUUUACAAAUGUAAACCUGUAAAGUUUGUAAAUCUACACUGAAUACACGUUUAUUUAAUGGAAUUUAAGCUUUUCUGAUAUAAUGGCCGACGAACAACCACCAGUAACAGAACCUGAAAAGGAAAAUGUAACAAACAUCCCAACUGCUGGAGAAUCAACAGAAGUUAGUAAUGAAAAUGAGGCUGAACCGCAAACGGCACAACCAGUUGAAGCUUCAGAUAAUGCACCAGUUGAACAACAACGCACAGUGGAGCCAGAGCCAAAUGAACCAAGUGUAACAGAGGAUGCAACAACAGAAAGGUCAGAUUUCCCCGCCACAGCUCCGCAAGAAUCGGAGCCUACUGCUACUGAGGCGUCAAAGGCCGAGAAUGAAGUAACAGAAGAAAAAGAACCAACUGUGACAGUAAAGUUCCAACUUGUCCCAAGCAAAGAAGUUAUAACAGUAGCCACCCCACUUAAUGUAACAAUACAACAACUCAGCAUGCAACUAUCAAGUGAUGUAAAAGUCCCAGCUUCCCUUUUGCAUUUCUCAUAUGAAGGCAAGUCAGUUGACCCUGAAACCACAUUAAAAGACUUGGGAGUUGCUCCAACUGGUACAAUCCAGUUAGAUGUGACCUCAAGUGACCCUGUGACAUCACCACUUAAAACCACUGGUGCUAGAGAGCAACUUGGGUCAUCUGAUGUAAUAACAGUCAGACUUAUUAAAGAAAACAAUGAAUACGAAGACGUAGUGGUUGAAAUAGAACGUGCAGUAAAACGUAAACCUUUUCUUGGAGGGUUCCGCCAUAAAAUAUCUGGAGUAGAAUACCAUCAUGCUAAUGCACAGACACAAGCAAAGACAAGACCUCCAAGUGGGACUGAAAAGUUUACCAGAGAUUGCCAGACGGUGUUUGAACGGAACCGAACAAGUCAAACCACGAACACAACUUCGACCCAGAUGACAAAAGUUGGUUGUUAUGUUUCAACAGAGCAAGACAAACUGUUGGCACCUGGAAAAUAUACAACUUAUCAAGAGUAUUUUGCAAGGAGACUAAAAGCUGUCAUAGUUUUGCAAUCUUAUUUCCGGAGAUGGCAAGCCAGGAGUCUCGUUAGGGAGUUGAAGCUGGAUCGAGACAGGAGGAUAGAGUGGGAAAAAGAGGAGGAAAUAAGAAAAAGAAGAGAAAAGGAGGAACGGAUAAAGAAAGAGUUUGAGAGAAGAAUGAAACCAAAAACAAAAGAAGAUUUUGACCUUCUGUAUGCUGCCCUUGAAAAAUGGAGAUUGGAAGAGCUUGGGCACAUCAAUGAGGAAUUGGAAGGUCCUGAGAGAAAGGCAGCUUUAUGUGCGUUGUUAGAACAAGAAACGCAGCUCAUAACUUCUAUAGGAAGGCAUGAGCUUGAUGCUGCAAAGAAUAAUAAAGAAAAACGGAUUCAAAAGUUCCUGGAUAAGGCUGCAGCCCCUAAACGAUGGAAAGCAUACGACGGUCGUUACACCGAGAUGGACACACAAUAUACUAUACGUGCCAAGGAAAUGAGAGAUAUAUACAACAGUAUUAACAUGAAGUAUCUCACACAAGAUGAACGCCUGGAUGUUCUACUGACACUCAAACAUACUGUAAAGGAGCAUGAUUGCAAACUGACAAGAGAAAUCAUAGAACUGAUCGACCGAGAAGCGGAUUUACUAAUGCGAGGAGUAGUGGAAGCAAACUUGGAAGGAUUGAGGAAGAGGAUCGCAACUCUCUUCCUCCAGUAUUGCAAGAAUCCUCUCUUUAAUCCGGAAGCCGCAAGAUUGCUAAAGGUUCCACAAGACCCCAGUACACUGAGGAAAGAUAUUUACUUCUGUCCAAGUGCCAACCAAUAUCUCCCAUCAACUGAGUUUAAAAUACAAGCAAACUCAAGAUCGGUCGGAAAAUGCAGAAAAGUUCAACAACUGGACAAUGCAGCUCGUACUAGACAGGAUUAUUCUCACUACAGAAUCAUGUUGCGUGAUUUACGACGCACCGAGGAAGGAUAUGCUGAUAAUAGUCAGAUUGCUUAUCUUAUACAGGAAAAAGAUCUCCAAUACCUUGUUGAGAACAUAUGGGGAUCACAGAGCAUCCUAAGUGCGUGGGAUGACUUAUAUGACCUUAUGCUUGUAAGAUGGGAUAAAGAUGAAGAAUGGUCCCCUUGGAAUUGCAUCUUGCUCACUAAAGAUGAAGCCACAGCUCAUUCAAGGCUUGAUCAUCUGAAUGAGGCAUACGGGCAAGUUUUCAUCCUGAAGGUGCAAAAUAAACACACACUGGCUCGCAUUUACUUCAGUAGACUACCUGGUAUGUCUGAGCAGUUGAGACGGAAGGUCACAGGGUCACAGAGGCUUCCUGGUCCGGGAGAAGUGAGGGGGAAAAACGCAUUAAGUGCUUUUUAAACAUCUUUUUUUAAACUUUUUUUGUUAAAUUUCCAUUAUUUUUGGGGGUCGUAUUUUGGAAAUUUUUCGUAAUUUUUUAAGCACUUUGAAAUUUUUGUUACAUUUAGUGCUUCUGUCCAGUAGUUUUUAAUAUUUAUUUUUUAACAGGAAUUAUAGAAAUUUACCAUUGAUUUUCAUGUUGUUUAUUUUAUGCUGUGAUGUAAAUUUUGAGUUUUUCGUGAAUAAAUGGUGCAGACUUGUGUUUUA